AUACCUCUCCUAGCCCAGCCAUGCCACCUACUUAUCCCAACUUUCCUAGCCCAGCCAUGCCUUCCACUGGCCCAACUUGCCCCAGCCCACUCUCUCCUGGCCCACCUUUACACCAAACUACCACACCCACCAGCCCCACACCUAUCGCACCCACCAUCCUUUUCCCGAUUUCUGCCUCCGUCGUUCCCAGUCCUGUGCCGCCACCUGCCGUCUCCUCGUCCCUAUUUCUGCCAUAUCUGCAUUCCCCAUCACCAUCCUACGGUGCUGCGCCUCUUGCUUCUGCCCGAUCUGGGUCUGCACUUGAUGCUUCUCUCUCCGCUGCUUCCAUUGGUGAUUGCACUGGUUCUGAUGAUUGCUCUGUUUCGGCUCCUGCUGUUGCCCCGUCUUCUUCCGUUCCCUCUGCUUCCUCGGCUCCUGUUCCUCAACGCACCCAUAGCAUGGUGACUCGUUCACAAGCCGGUGUUAGGAAGCCCAAGAUCUUGCCAUCUCUGCUUCAUACAUCUACUGAUUUGCAGGAACCCAGGACUUUUAAACAAGCUUGUAAUCUUCCAGAGUGGCAACGGGCUAUGCAAGAGGAAUUUCUGGCUCUACAGCGCAAUCACACUUGGGUUUUAGUUUCUCCUCCAUUCGGUGCUAAUAUUGUGGGAUCCAAAUGGGUAUAUCGUAUUAAACACCGAGCUGAUGGCAGUAUUGAGCGUUAUAAGGCUCGCCUUGUCGCGCAAGGGUAUACACAGCAGCUUGGGAUUGAUUAUGAUGAGACUUUCAGUCCAGUAGUCAAGCCCGUUACCAUCCGCACGGUUCUUACACUUGCUAUUUCCAAGUCUUGGCCAAUUCAUCAACUUGAUGUCAAGAAUGCCUUUCUCAAUGGGUAUUUAUCUGAGCCUGCUUAUAUGUCUCAACCACCUGGCUUUGUUGAUCCGCAGUAUCCCGAUCGUGUUUGCCUUCUCCAACGAGCCCUUUAUGGUUUGAAACAGGCUCCUCGUGCCUGGUUCCAGAGGUUUGCUGCUUUUCUUCAUUCCUGUGGCUUUGUUCAGGCAUAAUUUGAUUGCUCUAUGUUUUUAUAUCGCUCAAAUGGUAUGCUGGCAAUUCUGCUCUUGUAUGUUGAUGAUAUUAUUCUCACUGCUUCUACACCGUCCCUUUUGCAUCGAAUCAUCUCUUCAUUGAAGCAGGAAUUUUUUAUGACAGAUUUGGGUGUUAUUAAUUAUUUUUUGGAUAUUAUAGCAUCUUUUAACCCUGAUGGUGUUUUUCUCUGUCAAACUAAGUAUAUAUUUGAUUUGUUGGCUCGCACUGGAAUGUCUGAUUGUAAUGCUGCUGCUACUCCUCUGUCACCAAGGCAAAAAUUGGCUGCUUGUGAUAGUUCUCCUUAUUUGGAUUCCACUCAGUACCGUAGUAUAGUGGGUGCCUUACAAUACCUGACAUUUACUCGUCCUGAUAUUGCUUUUGCGGUUCAUCAAGUUUGCCAAUAUAUGCAUGCUCUGACU